UGCUGCCAUAAUCUCACCAUUUCCCUGCAUGCCAGGGGAUGUCAUUCACAUAUGUGCAUGAGCCUGACUGCUGGGUGAGCUGCUGUAAGGAGCUCAGGUCAGCAAUUAACAAAAACAGAGAGAAGCACUUGCCACGUGGUGGCUGAAGGUAUAAGACCAAGAUCUAAAGGGAAGUCUUCCAAGUUUGCAGCCUACAAUUGCAUGGCUUAUGGAAGAUCUUCAAUACACAUUCUGAACAGCAGCUAAGGUUUUCACAAGCACGUAACUGUCGCCUAAAAUUUGAUACCAGCUGUAGAUGGCUCAGCUGCCUCCCGGGAUUCGCUUCAUCACUUCAUUUUCACGAGAUCAGUGGUAUAGAGCCUUCAUUUUUACUCUCACUUUCUUCUUAUAUGCCAGCUUCCAUUUAUCAAGGAAACCUAUCAGUAUAGUUAAGGGAGAACUACAUAAGCAUUGUGCUGCUUCACACGAAGUUGAACUCAGCUCCUACAGAGAAUAUGCUGCCCAGAUUCAGUCUGUCAAAAAGCUGUCUAAUGCAUCUCAGUGUGGAUGGGAGCCGUUUGAUAAGAAUAACUACAAGCAGUUACUGGGAGCACUGGAUUACUCAUUUCUGUGCGCAUACGCAAUUGGAAUGUAUUUAAGUGGAAUAAUAGGAGAACGGCUGCCCAUCCGGUACUAUCUGACAGUCGGAAUGCUUGCUAGCGGGCUCUUCACUGCAAUGUUUGGAUUGGGUUAUUUCUGUAAUAUACAUAAUCUGUGGUUUUACAUAAUGGCCCAGAUAGCUAAUGGGUUGGUGCAGACUACUGGCUGGCCAAGUGUCGUUACAUGUAUUGGCAACUGGUUUGGAAAAGGAAGGCGAGGUUUGAUCAUGGGAAUCUGGAAUUCACACACAUCAGUGGGAAACAUCUUGGGAUCCUUAAUUGCUGCUUAUUGGGUAUCUACGUGCUGGGGUCUCUCCUUUGUGAUGCCUGGUGUUAUCAUUGCUGUGAUGGGGAUUGUUUGUUUCCUCUUUCUUAUUGAACAUCCUAAAGAUAUAAGUUGCUCCUGCACUCCAUCCAGUCGUGAUCAUGAGCCCAGUAUUUCUACAGAGUUUGUAGUGAGUUCUAAAGCAUUCCUGAAUGGUGCAUCUCGGUUCAGAGUCCAGAUGACAACCUUAAAUGCCAAGGAAACUAGCAAGUCUCAGGAUUCAGAAAUGCAGCAUUUGCUUAUUGACAGCGAAAAUUCCGUGACAUCACAGAACUCCAGUUCUAUGGGCACUGGGGAAGGCAGACAUGGGACAUCAGCUAUCAGCUUCCUUGGGGCUUUGCGAAUACCUGGAGUCAUAGAGUUUUCCCUAUGUCUUUUGUUUGCAAAGCUUGUGAGCUAUACUUUUCUCUUCUGGCUUCCCCUCUAUAUCACAAAUGUAGAGCACCUUGAUGCCAAAAGAGCUGGGGAUCUUUCUACACUGUUUGAUGUGGGUGGAAUCUUUGGUGGAAUUUUGGCAGGCCUGAUUUCAGACAGGCUAGAGAAGAGGGCAUCGACCUGUGGAAUGAUGUUAUUGCUUGCAGCACCCACAUUGUACAUGUUCAGUACAGUCAGUAAAAUGGGCCUUGAGGCUACUGUAGUGAUGCUGCUUAUCAGUGGUGCCCUGGUGAAUGGCCCUUAUGCACUGAUUACCACCGCUGUCUCUGCUGACUUGGGUACCCAUAAAAGCCUGAAAGGGAAUGCAAGAGCCUUGUCCACAGUAACAGCAAUCAUCGAUGGAACAGGAUCUGUAGGUGCAGCUUUGGGGCCUCUCUUGGCUGGUCUCAUUUCACCAUCUGGUUGGAACAAUGUGUUUUACAUGCUCAUGGUAGCAGAUGGGUGUGCUUUGCUGUUCUUACUCCAUCUAAUUCAGAAGGAACUAAGGUGUAAUGCAGAUCAUACCCUGUUUAAGGAACACUGAGUUGAGAGACCAGAUUUGGAACAAGGACUGCGCAAGUGACCAGAGCUCUUCCCUGAAAGAAACCUUAAUGGAAUGUGCUAUACGUAUGUGCUAUACAUAAGAGGUUCUGUUCGGUGAAGAAUUUUGCACGUUUACUGGAAGCAAUUUGAGAAAUGCAACUGAUAAAUCCCUGAAGCUCUUAUUUUUGCACAUGAAUAAGUACCUCAGGAUGGCAACUAUUCAUCAGAUGAAGGGACAGGAACUUUGGGAAGCUUUGAGCAGACCGCCUCAACUGAGCCAAAGAGAAAUACCAAGUGCCUUUUUUAUUUCUUUUGAUAGGAUGUUUUUAAUGAAAAUGCUAUACUGUGUAUUUUCUAAAAACAAGUCAAAAGUGGAGCAGAAGGAGGUUGAAAUCAUAACAGACAGCCUAGCAGUGAAAUGUCCCCUUGUUGGUGAGCAAAGUAUCCUGUACGUCAUCUUGUGCAUCACUGUGACUGAGGGCAUCACUUUGUAGAGAAUAAUACCAUCUGGUUAUUAAUAUGCACUGCUGUUAGUAUUUUGAAGCUGCUCAGACAAUGAUAACCUCAUCAUAUUAUUAGUUUUUAACUACAGCACAAAUUCUAAUCCCAAGGAUAACACCCAACCUUGUGGUAAGUGAUGAAAUAGAAUUUAUAGUCGCAGUGUAUCGUAGUUAGAAGUUUUCACAAACUAUUUGGGUGUGUGCUAUUCUACAGUUAGGAUUGUGUAAAAAUUAGUCCUAAGCAUCAAAAAGUAGAUUAUGAGUCAGAAUUUCCGGUGCAGGACUCAAAUAAUUUUCAGGGCAUUGUAGUAAAAUGAUUGUGGAAAUGUCACAUCAUUAUUGUGCUGCUCCUCUAGGCUGGGUUGAAAUGAGAGAUUGUUCCUUUUGAGGUGGCAGAGAACUGUAUGCUGCCAUACCUUUGAAUUACUGGAUUGAAAAGAUGAGCUGCUGUAGUGCUCAGUGCCACAGUGAUCUCUGUUGGGUGCUUGCUUAUUUCAGUGGUGUCAUUUAUAUUUGGAAGUCUUUGACAGCUCAAGGCCUUAAUAGCCAGAAAUCUCUUUCACAUGGCUAAUUUAAAGUGGCUUUGAAUUUCAGAUUCAGAGCCAGAAUAUGUGUCUGUAAGAAAAGGUGGUAGGUUGUAAGAGAACAUUUCAGUAACAUGUGUUACCCAGCAAACAGACAAUUCAAUGUCUUCUAAACAUAUCAUUUCUUCAUACAGGUAUCUCCUUAGCAAAACAGGUGUUUCUGUGAUCUUUUUUUUUAGAGAUGUACAAAGUAUAAAGGAAUUUGUUUUUGUAUGGGGUGUUUCUACUUAGAUUGUGAAGGUUAGGUAAUUUAAGCUGUGUAUUGUUCAUAACUAUAUUUAUUAAAUCUGUAGGGAUGUGUCUCAUUCUGAACUGUGCUCUAAGUUUUGCGAAACAAUGCAGUGAUCUUUAUACUUGAUUAACAAAACAGCACUCUAAAAUAGCUCUGCAAAGUGUAAAGAAAUAUCUCAUCAGCUGCUGAUAUGCUGUUCCAUGUGUUGGCACAAUCCUUGAUUUCCAGGGCAGUUUUGUAAUUUUUGAGUCUCUGAUGAGUUACUUCCCUGGUUUGGUUCAGCAUAUGUUCUCUGCUUAACUUGAAUGUUGUGUUCAUUUUAAACUGUUUUGCUGAACAGAGGCACAGAGAAGAUUUUGGCCCCACAGAGGCUCAUAGCAGGUGCCAGAAUCCUUGCAGGUGAAUGCUCUACAGUCUCAGAAGCUGUAGUUCCCUAGCUGAAUGGUUAGUUGCACGCCUUUUGUGUAAAGCUGUUGAGACCAGCGGGAACGCUCAGCCUGCCCUCACAAACACAUGCUGCAGUUGGGCCCUAGGCUGCUAGUUAAAUGUAGCGGAAUUCUGCUACAGAUCUGAGGAAUGAUUUGUGAGGAAAAAUAACAUUGCAACCCCAAAAGAGCUGCGCUGGCGCGACUUCCAAGACCUGUGUGAGAAGGGAGGGAUGGAGGACUUCUCUAGCUGAAGAUGCCCAUCCUUUCCCCCAGAAGGACUGCAGAGCUGUGUUGCUACUUUGUCAAAAUGAUUUAUACUCUUAAACUCUGCUGCACUCAGACUUUGAGGGGUUGUUCCCCAUGGGCUGAAGUCUUAAGUUAAAAUGCUUUCAGUUGUAAUGAACAGUUGUACACUGUAAAGAUGUGAAAGUGUGGAUUUUCUGUUUUACUUGAUGGGGCUGCUGCUGUUAUUUAUUUAUUUAUUUGAAUAGCUUUUGUACCGAAGUGACUUGGACAUGGGAUUAUGACAAUAUUGGAGGUGCUGGCUGAGUCCUUCCUUCCAUUGAUCACAGGAGGUAAUUGGGACUCGCUGCACUGGUGGCUCUUUCCUUGCUUAACGAGCAGUGUUUCAGAUCCCUCCAGCAGUGAACGUGUUGGACGAUAAGAUGAAGAUGCCUGCUCUUUUGUAACAACCCCAUGGGUCCCCAAAAAGUGAGCAAGCUGUUUUGUUAGUACGGGGUGUUAAUAUUCAUUAAUCUGGAAAUGAACAAAACUGACAAAAUGUUGUAUGUAGAAACAUGAGUGACUGAUAGGUAGAACUGAAUUUGAGUAAGACUACAAGGUUUGGAUUUUGUGGGUUGUUUUUUUUUUAAUGCUGGUUAUUCUCGAUUUUUAUCUAUAUAACUUCCGUGUGAAAUAAAAACGUGUUCUGCU